CCUCUUUCUGUUGCGUGAAUAAGGCGGACACCUCUUUAUGCUAUAAAGGAACGUCCAGACCCUAUUGUUUCUUCACAAUUCUCAUUUUCAUUCUCAAAUUCUCAUUUUCAUUCUCUCUCUGUUUGUCCGAAAUCCUUCAAGAUGCAAAUCUUCGUGAAGACCCUCACUGGAAAGACCAUCACUCUCGAGGUCGAGAGUUCCGACACCAUCGAUAACGUCAAGGCAAAAAUUCAAGAUAAGGAAGGGAUCCCACCGGAUCAGCAACGUCUGAUCUUCGCCGGAAAGCAACUCGAGGACGGCCGCACCUUGGCCGACUACAACAUCCAGAAGGAAUCCACCCUCCACCUCGUUCUCCGUCUCCGUGGUGGUAUGCAGAUCUUCGUUAAGACCCUCACCGGCAAGACCAUCACCCUCGAGGUUGAAAGCUCCGACACCAUUGACAACGUCAAGGCUAAAAUCCAGGAUAAGGAGGGUAUUCCACCGGACCAGCAGAGGUUGAUCUUCGCCGGGAAGCAGCUUGAGGACGGCCGCACCUUGGCAGACUACAACAUCCAGAAGGAGUCAACCCUUCAUCUUGUACUUCGUCUACGUGGUGGCAUGCAGAUCUUUGUUAAGACCCUUACCGGAAAGACAAUUACCCUUGAGGUGGAGAGCUCUGACACAAUCGAUAAUGUGAAGGCCAAAAUCCAAGACAAGGAGGGCAUUCCCCCGGACCAGCAGAGAUUGAUCUUCGCCGGUAAGCAGCUCGAGGAUGGCCGUACUCUUGCAGACUACAACAUCCAAAAGGAGUCUACCCUCCAUCUUGUCUUGCGUCUCCGUGGUGGUAUGCAGAUUUUCGUGAAGACCCUCACCGGGAAAACUAUCACUCUUGAGGUGGAGAGCUCUGACACCAUUGAUAAUGUCAAAGCUAAGAUCCAAGACAAGGAAGGUAUCCCCCCGGACCAGCAGAGGUUGAUCUUUGCUGGAAAGCAGCUUGAAGAUGGGCGCACCUUGGCCGACUACAAUAUCCAGAAGGAGUCCACCCUUCAUCUUGUCCUCCGUCUCAGGGGAGGCAUGCAGAUUUUUGUUAAGACUUUGACUGGGAAGACCAUUACCCUUGAGGUGGAGAGCUCCGACACCAUUGACAAUGUCAAAGCCAAGAUUCAGGACAAGGAGGGGAUUCCCCCGGACCAGCAGAGGUUGAUCUUCGCCGGGAAGCAGUUGGAAGAUGGAAGGACCCUUGCUGAUUACAAUAUUCAGAAGGAGUCCACUCUUCACCUUGUGCUUCGUCUCCGUGGUGGAUUUUAAGUGGAUGAAUUGCAAUUUGUUUUUCCUCAAUAUUAUGUUUCUAAAUUUCUGAACUUGUUGAAUGGGUCUGGGUCCUCAGUGGCCCUUUAAAUAAAUUUCGUUAUUUAUCUUUUGAUUGUUAUUAAAAAAAUACUACUGUUUUUAAUUGCACUGUAUGUUUUACCUUUAUAAAAGUUGGUACCUUGGUUUA